AUGGCCUACAGAGGAAAAACCCAAGACGGGGUCAACAAAAGAACCCAAACCGCCAGCGAACGAACUUCGAUGACGAUUACUAUGCCACCGCCUCCUGAAAACUUUCCUCAAUUUUCUCAAAAUGAAGCCAAUGGAAUGCAAAGUGACGAGAAUGCUGUUUCUGGCCAUCUCGCCAAGACUCCUACUCAAGAGUUUGCGAAUUUCAAUAAACAAGUCAAUGCCAAUGGUAGCGAGGUCAAUAAAUCGCCCAAACCGUUGAGCGCAACUGGAAGUGGAAAUAGAAGAGACAUGGAAACCAAGUCGUCCACCCAUACUUAUGGUCACAAACCCAAGACCAGACCAUUUAUCAGGAAGAAGAACGGCAUCAAGAAAAAGAGAGGCCGCAACUUCCAGAGAUAUCAGCAUUGCUCUACAAAGGACGUCGACAACGAUAAUAUCGAAACAGACGAUGAAGAUGGAGACAGACAUAAGGACAAACAUAGAGGUGGAGCGAAUGUUGCUGAGCUUCAGAAGGGAAAUGAGAAGUUUAACAAAUCAGAGGCGUUGGAAUUUCACAAGUCAAGCGCCUCGGGCAAUAUUCUCGGGGCUGAGUCCAACUCCAGGGAUCCAGCAGCCACCUCCCAUCUGAAUGAUAUGAAUGGCAACAGUCCCAGAGAAUCAGAAAGACUUAGUGAAGGUCCGCAAAAGAUUCAUAAUGGCGCCAUUAUACCUGAUCCAAACUUUAAUACUGAAGUCUUGUUCUCGAAGGAAAGAGCCCCUCCAAAGAUCAUUCAACUUGAACCUGUAGAUAGAAAUAUCGCUAUCAUACACAAGAUGAUUAAAGAAUCUCCCGAGGAACCGAAAAUGUCAACAUGGAAGUUGAUACGCCACAGGGUUUCUUCAUGGACAGGAAGGCUUAAUCCUUUAAGAAGGUGGAGUCAGUCCGGGAGAGACAAUGAAGCAAGAAUGUCCCUAAGACACAGUGAAGCAGAUCUAGGCGCAUUGACCAGAGAUGAACUCAGGGAGAAUGCUGAAAGAAAGAUUGUAAAUGGUCACACAAGAGACUCUGUGCACAGCAUCAAGCGAGCCGGCAGCUCGGGACAGAAUUCCGAAGAGAGUUUUUUGAACGCUGAUGUAUAUGGCAUCAGAGAAGUCGAAGCUGAAGUCAUCCGAAUUUCGAAUCCUGCACGAACGUGCUUCAUCUCUAGGUCUAAGUCUGUAAGAUCUGUUGAGCCAAUUAUAGAAGACGCUUCAAAUGAGACAGGAGGCGGGAACGCAGCCCAAGAGAAUGCGCAAAGGCUUCAAACUACACAGGAACCUAUCGAUUCGGACCCUGAAGGCACGACCUUGAGAAGACGACCCAGGGUAGAGAAAUUACGUCGUGAAUUCACCGGUUCUAUUGACGAAGUUAUCAAUUCGAAUAGAAUGCUUCAUGCAAUGUCAAAUACUGACACCCAAGGCUCUUCUGCAUCAAGUGGAUAUUUGGAAACUAUCACCACCCGUAACCUCAUUGGCUACAACAACGGGCUCAAUCAAUCGCAACAAAAUCUUACUUUAAUGUCAGGAGUAGCCGAUGACUCUGUUCAAGACGACGACGAUUUUGGAGCCCCUCUUUGUCGCUAUUCUAGUCGUGAGCCCUCCGCCGAAGAAGAAACCCAAGAGCAUGACACCCUAGAAGAUAAAACUUCAACAGUAGCCGCCAUCAAGGAGAAAUGCCGUUCAAAAGUAGAUCGUGGCGCUGUGCGGGGAUUUGUGCCCAAAGGGGGCCCCAUUCCAGAGAGCGCCCUUGAAGAUUCGGAAGCCAGUCAAAGAUCCAACUCCGAUCCGCCAAGCCUGACAGAUACUACCAACACCUCAGAAAGCAGUAUGAGCGUCCAGCAGCAAUAUUCUUGUGGGAUCUUCAGAUCAAAUGCCAUCAGAAGAAAUCGUCGAUCGAUGAAUUUUGAAUCAUACAAUGAUGCGCUCAUGUGA